AUGUCUGCUUUUGACGAUAAGGAGCUUGCCGACAGUGUCGGUGCCCCUACCCAACAAACACAGACUCGCGAUGUGAACACUGGUGCCAGCAACAGCAUGAACGUUGGCUCACCCUCUUUGGCUAUCCCUGGUGAUGCUCAUGAGGAUGGUACCGCUCACUCGAUCGAAGUCCCAGCAACGAGGAGCUCCAUCGCAGACACUUCGAGCUACAUGCACAACCUCUCCAUGUCACCCUCCAUGAAGGAAAGGCGUGGAUCGAGGAACUCCUUUGGAACCUCAUUGCCCAUUCCCCGCUCAAAGAGGCAAUCUCGCCUGUCAUCGGUCCACUACCCUGGCGGUGCUGCUCAGCGCCCUGGAAUGCCCCCAGUCCAGCCAUCCCGUGACAUUAUUGCUGCUCAGCUCCAGGAUCUAGCUGGCGAGAAGGUCCGCGCAGCAAAGGACAUGGCCUUUGUCUUCGACAUUGACGGUGUGCUCGUCCAUGGUGACCGCCUCAUCCCUGAAGGCAAGCGCGUGCUCGAGAUUCUCAACGGAGACAAUGAGCUCGGCAUCAAGAUUCCCCACAUCUUCCUCACCAACGGUUCCGGUAAGCCUGAACAAGCCCGUGUCGAGCAGCUGUCCAAGAUCUUGCACAACCCCAUCUCGACUGAGCAAUUCAUUCAAUCACACACCCCCAUGCGUGCACUCGCAGAAUACUACAAGACUGUCCUUGUUGUCGGAGGUGAAGGCUACAAGUGCCGCGAGGUAGCCGAACUAUAUGGCUUCCAAGAUAUCGUUGUUCCCAACGACAUCAUUGCCUGGGACCCAACCAUCGCCCCCUACCGCGUCUUCACCGAGGAAGAGCGCAAGACCUCGCGUCCCCGCGACUUUUCCAAGACCAACAUUGACGCCAUCAUGGUCUUCUCCGACUCGCGCGACUACGCCACCGACAUGCAAAUCAUCAUGGACCUUCUCCGCUCUGAGAACGGACGGCUGGGCACAAUGGCCAAGGACCCCGUCUCUCAACGCAUCCCCAUCUACUUCUCCCAAGGCGACAUGCUCUGCCCCACCGAACAUCCCUUCCCCCGCAUGUCCCAAGGUGCCUUCCGCAUCGGCCUCGAAGCCAUGUACAAAUCCCUCACCGGCGUCGAACUCGAGCGUGUCGUCUACGGCAAGCCCGAACUCGCAACCUACAAGUACGCCGACGAGGUGCUCACUUCGUGGAUGGAGACGAUUCACAACGACGACAAGCUCCCGUCCAACGUCUACAUGAUUGGCGACAACCCAGCCUCGGACAUCAUCGGUGGCAACAUGUAUGGCUGGAAUACCUGCCUUGUGCGCACCGGUGUCUUCCAGGGUGGUGAUAAUGAUGAGGAGAAUCCGGCGAGCUUUGGGGUGUUUAAGAAUGUGCUCGAGGCGGUUACGGCGGCGAUGAAGAAGGAAUUGGGGCACGAGUUCAAGUUUGAGUUCAACGAGGCUAUCAACCCUAGUACCCACGGAGAGGGCGUUUCGGCGAUUGAGUAG